GAAACCCUAAGGGAGACUUAGGUCUCGCUUGUUUCAGUGUUCACGACGUUGCUGUGAGACAUUCGCCAUUCCUUGUGCUGUUUUAGCAGCGGAGAUAUGCGUCAAUUAGGUUCACCUGCGUGGAGUUUCCGGUGAAUUCGAUUGAUGAUAAAUGAGUCUACAAUCUUCUUCUUGUUCUACUUUCGAUUUCCCUUCUUUUGUGCCACGUCGUUUGCUCUGUCCUUGCUCCAAUGAGCACGGUCUGAUUGUGUUCGCAAAGAGGCGGAGAAUUAUCCGUCGAGUUCAGGCGGCGAAUUCGAAUUCGAGGUUUGUUUCCAGCGGAAUUCGGAAGAACAUUGGAUUAGCGGAUUCGGCGAGAAGAGCUGCAAGAAGUCUUGUGGUUACUCGUUUUUCGAAUGAAUUCGAGGAUGAAGAAGAAUCUUCAUCUUCACAGGAGUCUGUAAUUCAGGGUGAUAGAAACAAUUUCACUAACUUUAGAGAAGACCCGAUUGUGGAUAAGCUCAGGACUCACCUAGGUGUAAUCCAUCCAAUCCCAUCGCCACUGAUUAGUCGUAAUGCGAUUGGUUUAUUCGCCUUCUUCUUCUUUGUUGGUGUUAUUUGUGACAAGCUAUGGACUUGGAGAAAGAGGCGGAGACAAACGAGUGGUGAUGAGGGAGGCCAAAUAGGAGCCGGGCCAUGGGCACAAGUUCCCACCAGCUUCUCGCUGUCCCUUGAGAAGGACUUGCAAAGGAAAGAGUCGGUGGAGUGGGUGAACAUGGUCUUGGUUAAGCUCUGGAAAGUUUAUAGAGGUGGGAUUGAGAAUUGGCUUGUUGGAUUGUUGCAGCCUGUCAUUGAUGACUUGAAGAAGCCAGAUUAUGUGCAGAGAGUUGAAAUUAAGCAAUUCUCUCUUGGAGAUGAGCCUUUGUCUGUUAGAAAUGUUGAGAGGAGGACAUCUCGCCGUGUUAAUGACUUGCAGUACCAGAUUGGUCUUCGAUAUACUGGUGGUGCUCGGAUGUUGUUAAUGCUCUCUUUAAAAUUUGGUAUCAUUCCAGUAGUCGUGCCAGUCGGUAUUCGGGAUUUUGACAUUGACGGUGAACUAUGGGUUAAAUUAAGAUUGAUUCCGUCAGCGCCUUGGGUUGGAGCAGCAUCAUGGGCGUUUGUAUCACUUCCAAAGAUCAAAUUUGAGCUUGCUCCAUUCCGAUUGUUUAAUCUAAUGGGAAUUCCUGUGUUAUCAAUGUUCUUGACCAAACUGCUGACAGAAGAUUUGCCUCGAUUAUUUGUCCGCCCAAAGAAAAUUGUCUUGGAUUUCCAGAAAGGAAAAGCUGUUGGGCCUGUUUCAGAAGACUUAAAAUCUGGAGAAAUGCAGGAAGGGAACAAGGAUUUUGUAGGGGAACUGUCUGUUACUCUUGUAAAUGCCCAGAAACUUCCAUACAUGUUCUCUGGUAGAACGGAUCCAUAUGUUAUUUUACGAAUAGGUGAUCAAGUUAUCCGCAGUAAGAAGAACAGUCAAACUACUGUGUUUGGUGCUCCUGGUCAGCCAAUCUGGAAUCAGGACUUCCAAUUCCUUGUUUCAAAUCCUAGAGAGCAAGUAUUACAAAUUGAAGUCAACGACUGUCUUGGAUUUGCCGAUAUGGCUAUUGGUAUAGGAGAGGUUGACCUCGAAUCACUGCCAGAUACGGUUCCUACAGACAGAUUCGUUAGUUUGCGAGGCGGUUGGAGUUUGUUCGGAAAGGGAUCUACUGGAGAAAUACUACUCCGGCUUACAUACAAAGCAUACGUGGAGGAUGAAGAAGAUGAUAAACGCAACGCAAAAGCCAUUUAUGCAGAUGCUUCCGAUGAUGAAAUGUCUGAUUCUGAAGAACCUAGCUCAUUUGUGCAGAAUGACAAGAUCCCUUCUGAUGAUAUUGGUCAAGAGUCAUUUAUGAACGUGUUGUCUGCAUUGAUUUUGAGCGAGGAAUUUCAAGGCAUAGUUUCAUCAGAAGCUGGGAACAAUAAAGUUGAUGAUGGUGAAUCAAGCGUGUCACAUGUUCCUUCAAAGGCUGGGGCGGACUCAAAAUCUCAACCAAAAGAUGCUGGCAAUGGGGACAUAACAGAUUCGGAAGUGAAAAAUGCGAAUUUUGAUAGAGGUUCUAUUGAUGAUGGAGGAUUAGCAUUAUUGUGGUUCGGUGUAAUCACUUCUGUACUGGCGCUCGUUGCUAUCAACAUGGGCGGCUCAAGUUUCUUCAACCCGUAACAUGGUGUUGUAUGGAUACUUGCGAUUUCUUUUGCCAAAGUUGGUUAAUAUUCUCUUCUCGGCCUCAGAGAUGGCUUCUUACGAGGUCUCAGUUUUGUGUUUACAUUCUAAUGCUGUUGUAUGCAUGUAGAAGAGGGGCGCUUAUUGGCGGCAGAAAGUUUUAGGGUCCAUUUCACCCAAUCUCUUAGAACUGUGAUCAACGUGUAUACUAAUGGUUUGUUAUAUAGUACACGAAAAAUUAAUCCUCUAUUCAAAUAAAGAUGAUUUUUUCUC